CCAAAGAAGCAAAACAGAGCUCAUACUUACUCAUCCUUCAGAAAAAAAUGGCAGAGUUUGUUGUUUCCUUUGUUUUGGAGAGGCUUCAGGGCUUGGCAAGUGAAGAAGCAAGCUUGUUACAUGGAGUAAGCUCUCAAGUUGAGCAACUCCGAGUCGAGUUCCAGAGAAUGCAAUGCUUCCUAAAAGAUGCAGAUGCAAGAGAAAGCGAAAGCAAGACAAUCCACAACUGGGUUGUGGAGAUCAAAGAAAUUGCUUACGAUUCUGAAGAUAUUAUCGAAACCUAUGUAAUCAGAGUUGCUUCAAGGAGGAGUAUGCAAAGCUUUCUCAAAAGAUGUGUUUGUAUCUUGAAUGAAGGUAAAGCCCUUCACAAGGUUGGAUCGGAGAUACAGAGUAUCAAAACCAGAAUUUCUCAACUCACCACGAGUUUACAAACUUAUGGUAUUAGAGCCAUAACAGAAGGGGAAGGAUCAUCAAGUUCUGCAUACGGGAGGCAACAGCGCGUGCUAAGGCGGUCUUAUUCCCAUGUUGUGGAAAAGGAUUUCGUGGGAUUGGAGGAAGAUGUAGAGGAAUUGGUGGGGCUUUUGGUGAGUGAAGAUAAAGAGAAUUACUAUCGAACUUUGUCAAUUUGUGGUAUGGGUGGUUUGGGGAAGACCACUAUUGCUCAGAAGGUUUACAAUGACCAGAAUGUUAAGCGUCAUUUCGAUGGCUUUGCUUGGGUUUGUGUAUCUCAGCAAUGGCAAACCAAAGAUAUUUUGCAAGGGAUACUUACGAAGCUUAUCCCACAUGAAAGGGAUCGAAUUGUGUUUAUGAGAGAGGAAGAUCUUGUGAGGAUGCUAGUUCAAGUCCACCAGAGUAGGAAGUGUUUGGUGGUUCUUGAUGACAUUUGGUCAGAGGCUGCUUGGGACUGCAUAAGGCAUGCCUUUCCUACUGGAGGAGAUAUGGGUGGCAAAAUAUUGAUCACUACGCGUAAUCAAGAAGUGGCCUUGCAUGUGGAUCCACAUGUUUACCUCCAUGAGCCACGAUUGUUGACUGAAGAUGAAAGUUGGGAACUACUUCAGAAGAAAGCAUUCACAAAACCAGAUGGCGCAGAGCCUAGAGAUGACAAAAACAUGGAGGAUUUGGGGAGGGAAAUGGUUAAACAUUGUGGAGGUCUGCCAUUGGCUGUAAUUGUGCUUGGCGGAAUUUUGGUAACAAAACAGACAUUAAGGGACUGGGAGAUGGUGCAUCGCAAUAUUAGUUCAUAUAUAAGGAAGGGAAAAGGCAUGAGGCAACAACAUGGAGUAUCACAGGUGUUAGCUUUAAGUUACAGUGACUUACCAUAUCAGUUGAAGUCGUGUUUUCUAUAUCUAGGCAAUUUCCCAGAGGAUUCUGAAAUUGAAGCCGAUAAAUUAUAUCAAUUGUGGAUUGCUGAAGGUCUGGUAUCAUUGGAUGACCGAGCAGAAGGAGAAACAAUGAUGGAUGUUGCAGAGCGCUGUCUAGUUGAACUAGCAUACAGAUACAUGGUUCAGGUGGAAGUAGAUGAGUUCAGUGGAAGGUUUAAAUCUUGCAGCCUUCAUGACCUGAUGAGGGAUCUGUGCUUGUUAAAGGGAAAAGAACAAAAUUUCUUAAUGGUCGUUGAUUUUCGGCAUGGAAGCGAGAAGCUUGUGGAUUAUUCCUCUUACUACUCUUCAUUGGACAGUAAAGUACGCAGACUAGCCAUCCAUUUGGGUGAAGAUGGUUUCCCCAAGAUUAGAACAGCUCAGCACCUUCGGUCCCUUUCAUUCUUUGUUCCAUCCAAAUAUAUUUGCAUACCUAUGCCGAAGAAUUUCCAUUUCAAAGGCUUCAAAGUGUUGAGAGUUCUAGAUCUUGGCGGAAUCCAGUUCUCUAAGAAGUUAGCCAGAGCAGUUGGAAAGCUAAUUCAUCUCAGGUACUUGAGUUUAAGAAAUUCUGGGUUCAGAAAGUUGCCUUCAUCUAUAGGCAACUUAGGGUUCUUGCAAACCUUAGAUUUAAGGUUGCAUGAACAAUUAGGAGUAUCUGGAACAAUACCAAAUGUCCUGUGGAAGAUGAAAAGCUUGAGACAUCUAUAUCUUAAUGAUCUUGUAAAAACAAAAGAAAUAUUGAGAUUGGAUGGUUUGAGCAAGCUGGAGUUACUGGAAACCUUCACUACACGUCUGUUUGAUCUUAAAGACCUCUUCAUGCUUACCAACCUUUGGAAACUAAAUGCACGUGUCCAGGUAGAAGUACUUGAAGACUUGGUGGCCAUCAUCAACUACCUAAACAUCAGGGCAAACCGACUCCAGCACUCGUCAUUUUACAUUGGAUACAACUUUUGUUCCGAAGAAGAGGUAAAUCUUUUGAGACAAUUGCUAGAGUGCCGUCGCCUUAAUGCAUUGCAUAUAGGAGGUGUUAUAGGUAAGUUACCCGAACACCAUCAUUUCUCUCCAAACCUCACUAUGUUAGAAUUCAGUAGAUCUGAGCUCAAGGAGGACCCAAUGGCAACACUGGAGAAGCUUCCUAACUUAAGAAGGCUUGCCUUGGGUUCUAAUGCCUUCGUGGGAGUGAAAAUGGUUUGCUCUAAGUUGGGUUUCCCUCAACUCAAAUUUCUAAAACUCAAAGAACUAUCCAACUUGGAGGAAUGGAUGGUGGAUGAAGGAUCAAUGCCCAAUCUUUCUUCUUUAGAAAUUGGUUGUGAGAGAUUGAAGAUGGUUCCAGAUGGAUUGAGAUUCAUAUCUACCCUUCAGGAAUUGAAGAUUUCGAUCUCGUCAAAAGAUUUUCAAAGACGACUUCGAGUGGUAGAUGGGGAAGAAGGAGCUGAUCUCUACAAAGUUCAACAUGUCCCUUCCAUCAUAUUUAAUCCAUAUCAUUCUUUCACAAGCAUUUCAAUGGAAGAAGUAUUCAGAUUAAUAUACGGAGGAAGAAGGUCUAUCACAUCCAGCCAACACGCUUAAUAUGAAUGUGAUCAAGAACACCACCACCACCACCAUGUUUUUAUGACGUAGAACAUGGCUAACACAAGCUGAGGUGAAAUUCCAAAAUUUGAUGUCGUGAACCACUGCCUGGAUCUCCACUGGAGCUGGAUCAGACCCCACCACUGCUGGACAGAGAAUCAGUGAAUCACUUUCCAACCAAAUCUGCUCGAAUGGGAAGGAGGCGACCCAAAAAAUCGUUUUGUGAAGGCAAUAGGCCUCAGCUGAAAGAGCACUUGAAGCAGGAAGUGGCUUAAAAAUCACGACUUUGACAAUGUCACCUCUGCAAUCCCGAAAAACAGUGCCACCACCCCCUGUGGAAGUGUAAAGAAUGUUGUUGGCCCAACCUCUGGGAGUGUAAAACUUCCCAAAAAGUUCUGCACUUCCUUUGGAGAUGCGGUUAUAAUGCGUUUUCAAUGCCCCAAGCCCUUAAAUGGCAUCGUUUUGUUGAUAGUGCAAUAUGUUUUCGUUGUGGUCUGGAGGAGGAAUUUGUGAUUCAUCUGUUUUUUGGAUGUCCUUACUCUAUUCUUGUUUCGAAAUUGUCUCCACUUCGUCUUGAUUUCUCUUUUUCUCGGGUGACAUCCUUUCCAAGAGUGGUGGAUGAUGUGUGUAUUAUCAAUGAUAAAAUCACUCUCAAUAGAAUAAAUCUUUGUAGGAUAGAGCUA